UUCGUCUAUAUUUAUUCUGGACAGUGAUUAUACUACACUGUCAACUGUUGAGCCGCUAAAUAUUUAUUUGGCAUUUUGUAAAACGAUUUUUAUUUUAUUUUUCCUGUUAAACAUCUGAAAUUGGGACAUUAGAAUGACGGCGUACAAAUUUAUUUUCGCUUGGUGUCUUACGUUAAUAUCAAACCUGGAAAUUAUCCAAGCAAGAGAAUCGUAUGAAGAAGUACCCAGUGAUGUGAACAUAGGCCGUAGCUUGAUUCAGACAAACCCAUCUCACAUGGAAAUCAUGAUGGAAAGGUUAAUGCUGGAUGUUACCGGAAUUAAAGAAAAUUUAAUAGAGUUAAAUUAUCAGCAAUCCCGAAUGUCCGGACGAAUUUUGGAAGAUAUCAAAGUCUCAUGUUCCAAUCCACAAAAUUUUAUUUCGCACAGUUCAGCUCCCACUAAACUUUCCGACGUUGAGUCCAUAAUUGAUUCCUCUGAGGAUGUAGCCACCCUACGCAACGCGACCACAACCACCAAACAUGCAAUCAGAUGUUCCAGUUAUCGCGCCCUACACGAGUUUAUUCCGGUGGAGUCGGUCACUUCAAACGAUCAACUGCUCGAGGCUGGCUGGGACACGGGGGUCGGUCCCUUGUACUUUUGCCACACGCAAGUCCCCAUCAAUGGGAUCCAGUGUCGUCUUUACGGAAAAGGAAAUCGGAGAACGUGCUGGGUAGCGUUGCCCGGCGGAAGAGUUCACUGGGUCACGGACAAGUUUCACCUGCUCCGAAAACCAGAAGGGGUCAACCUCGAGUGGAGGGCGAGCUGGCCGACCGACGUGGAAAAAAGACCCGUCGCAGAACUCAAGACCGGCGCGGGCGUGGUGUACGAGUCGGCCGUGUGGGACAUUUACACUUGUGGACUCGCACCAAGGUUCUACUUUGGCCGGUGUGAAAGGGCUGGGGUCAAAACUCCGGGGCUCAUUCAGUCGGGCGAGGUCAGUUUAAAGUACACGUUCGGAGGGAGAGAACAGUCUUGUGAUAAGUAUGAGAUACUUGUUUGCACAAAUAAAUAAGUACAUAUGUACAUAUGUGAUCGGUAACAAGUGAGCAAAUAAUUGACGUUUCCAGUUUCGCUAGGGAGUUAAAUAUUUAUAAAAUGGAUUAAUAAAAAUUGCAGCAGGUUGUGCAAGGUGUUGCCUUUUUUGACAGUAAAGACUAAAUAAAACAAGCAAAUACAAAUAAAAUAAAAUGGAUUAAUAAAA